UACACAUUAUAAUAGUUGGCAACGCUUGCGCUUUGACAUUCCUGCAGCUCGUCAAUAUUGAAUUUGUAUUAAUUUUUAUUUUGUGCCGCCAUUCUUAUCCCAUUUAAAUUAAUUUUAUAUCGAAAUUAUGAAAAAAAUUAAGAAAACGAGUUGUAACAAUCAAGGUAUAAAACGAUUUUUGUCGCCACAGCCGUCAAACAUACCAUGUAAAAAGCAAUGUAAGCAAAUAGAUUUAGCUGCCGAGUGCACUACACGAAAAAGCAAGGACAGCUGCCAAUUUUCAUCCAACACCAAUAAAAAAUUUCAUGAAAUAGAAAAGACGAAACACAAUCUGCAAGUUACGGCCGGUGUACAACAGAAUUCUAGUGCUAAGGAUAAUACACCGCAUAAAUUUGAUUGGAACAGCUUUGUGCGAGAUCCUGGUGAAAUGCAAGAAAUCCGAUAUCCAGUAACGCUCAACACUUUCAAAACUAUGACACAUUGUUCCAGUAUAGUAAAUUGCAUACUCGAGGAUAUAAAAACUGCAACCAGUCUCGAUUUCAUAAACGAUGAGUUGAUGAAAGAGCGAGUUUUGAAAAACUACUAUAUACAAUUCUAUGAAAAUCCGCAAAUUCGCAAUAUAUAUAAGCUGGAGACAAAAGCAUGUCCAACAUUUGUAAAAAAGAAAAUAAUGCAUAUACCAACAUUAGACAAUAAUGUAGUUAAAGAUAUCAAUUCUAACGCACCAGAAGUAGCAAGUGCGUAUACUGCGCCUGUAGAGGCCGUCAGCAAACCAAAAGAAUUGUGCGUAACUGCAGCACCAACUCCUAAAACUGUUGAUAAUGUAGAAACAGCGAGCAAACCAGUAGAACUGGAACGAGUUGAAGCGCAAUCAAGCAAGGCACAAGCAAACGAAAUGGCGCCACAGCCAGUUGCUGCAAAAUCUCGAGAUAAUGCUAAUACAUUAUAUAUAUCAAAAAAUAUAGCAUUUAUGCAUGAGGAUUUUUUACGCCGUCAUAUAAGUCGAAAGAUACAUGAUGUGGAAAAACAAGAAAUUAUUUUAGCACGCAUAAAUGCGGAGUUGUUGCAACGCAAAAAUGCUGUGCAAACUAAUGCAGAGAAACCAAAAGAUACACAAGUGCUCGACUUAUCAGCUGAAGUGUUAAUAGAUAUUAGCGAAAGUACUGAAGUGCCUGCAGCUGUAAUAACUAAGGAGCAGCGUAUAGCGCAAGCUAAAAACUUAUUUAUUAAAGAAUACGCAAAGUCCAAUACGCUUGCAUAUGCUUUACGUUUUCAUAACGGUUUAAAGCGGCAUAUAAUCUCAGCAAUACUCGAAAUGUCAAUCGAUGAGUUCAAAAAAUAUACAAAAAUACAUAAUGCGCCGGAAAUUUACGAUGAUCCAAAAUUACUGCGCGAUUGUUACAACUAUGCGAUCAAGACAACUAAAAUUUGGCCUGUUAAUCUGUAUAUGCAGUUGUGUGAUUUAUUUGCAUAUCUCAAAUCAAAAAGUGUUGCAAUCAGUGUUGAUAAUUUAGAAGAUAUUUCACCCAUGCUGCUGCAUUGGACUGAACUAGCUGUGUUAACGAAUUUCGAUGAAAUAAUGAAAUGGGAUUAUUAUCGCUGUAAAGGUGAAAAAUUCGGUAAAUUCGCGGAAUUGGAGGCUUAUCGUGAAAUAUUUUAUGAGAAAUGUUGGUUGCAUAACACUUGGUUGCACGAAGUGCCGAAGCUAAAUGUUGAAGUGCAAAAACAGUUAACAACCGUUAUGGAAGUGGUUGAGUGUGAUAUCAUAAAUGAAAAAGUCGACAAAAAUAGUAAAAGUAAUGAAACUGCUGCGGAAAGCGUUGCGCAAAGUGCAGUAGAAGCGGAAACUGUUCAUGAGGUGGCUACUAAUGAUUUGAAUGUGGCUACAACUGAACAAAGAGAUGCCACAAUUGUUGAACCUACCAAUUUAAUGGAUGCAGAAUGUGUUGAGCCAGAAGUGAACUCUUUAAGUGUACCUUUUAAUGCACCAAUUGCUGAGCACUCGCAGGAUACAAGUGCUGGUCACUUAGCGGCAUCUAAUGAAACAUUGUUAACACAAAAUAUUGCUGAAACAACUACAAUUGCACAAACAACAACUCUAAAUGCAGAACAAAAUACUUUAACUGCAGCAACUGCAAAUUUAGAAACAACAACAACAGCAGUGUUGGAUGCAACUACAAACUCAAAUGAAACUAUGCCGUCAAGCAAUCGAGAAAUCACAGCUUCAAAUGAAACUACACUGUCAAGCAAUCAAGAAAUCGAAGCACAGCAACGCAUACAGACAGCCAAACAAUUGUACUUUUAUGAAGUUGAAAAAUCAUGCACUCUACCGUACCUGUUACGCCUACAUACCGGUUUAAAGCGGCGUAUACUAAACGCUAUAUUGCAUAUGACAUACACAGAAUUCAAACAAUAUACACAUAUACACGAUGCAGCAGAGAUUUACAAAAACAAUGAGCUUUUGCAGCAUUGCUAUGAUUUUGUGGUUAAGAGGCCGCAAGUAUGGCCCGUUAAUCUCUAUAUGCGUUUGGUGGAUCUUUAUGAAUUCCUUAAAACGAAAGACAUCACACUUACGGCCACUGACUUGACGCAUGUGUCACCGAAAAUUUUACAUUGGCAGGAUCUCAGUGCGACAACUAAUUUCGAUUACAUUGUGUAUUGGGACUACUACAGGUGUAGUGGCAAGAAAAUGUAUAAUGAUAAAAAUCUACCAAAUUCAUAUCGUCAAAGUUUUUAUGAAAAAUGUUGGUAUUAUGACAAUUGGAUAUGGCAUACACCAAGAAUUAGUGGCAAUGUACUCAGUGACGAUGUUGCCGGAGCGGAAGAAGAUAAGGAAAAUGCAAUUUUUGAAAGAGCAGUUGUGACACAUGCACUCGCAGAGUGGACGGAAGAAAGUGAAACCAUUGAGGAAGUAGUUACUAUGGAAGAGGAAAGUGGUACACGUGCUGAAUUACAGAUUGUGGAGCAAAAUGUAGUGGAAAAUUUAGUGCAGCCAACUAAUAAUGCAAGGAGUACAGUUAGUACCGUUGAUGCGGAAAUACAAACAUCACAACAUCUACUCGCCGCAUAUAGUAACUCUUCCAACAUUUUGCGCACGCCAGCAGUAACAGCAGAAAAUCCCAAUCCAAUCACACUACCCUGCAAAGCGAUUAAACAAGAAAAACUCUCACCACUCGAUAAAUUGCAAUUCAAUCUCGUUAAUGAUGAGGAGAAUUACGAAUGUGUGCCAGUACCGGAUGAUAUCGUUGAUGUGGAGGGUUCUAUAUCAGCAGAUGAAUCACACGAAGAAUUAAUGCUACCACUUUCGAAUUCGGAAAACCUGGCGGAACACGGCACUAAUUUGUUAUUGUCAUUUGAGUCACCAAAUGAUGAAGUUGCACAGCAUUCUACAGAAUUAACGGAAAAUAUGGAAAGUGAGCGCAUAGCGGAACAACAACAAAGUCUUAUUGUGAAAGAUGAACCAACGCAAUUACUACCAGAAUGUAUUAUGGAAGUGGAAAUUGAAACAAAUUCAAAGGAGGAGCAACAGAAUAUAACACAACAACAACAGUUGGUUCAACAAGUUGAAAUACAAACAGAAUCGUCUGCAGCAGGUCAAGAUGAGCCAUGCUCAAUACAAAAACAAGUGAAUAUUGGUGUACAACAAGUAUUAAGUAGCGUGGAAGCACCUUUAUCGCCUCAUAUUUCACGUGAAGUAAAGCAAGAGCUGCUGCAACAAGUACAACAAUCUGUAGUUGAUGGUGCUGAACUACAAAAACAAACACAGCCAGCAGCACAACCAUCAAAAACUUCGCAUAUAGAAGUUGCAACGGCAUUAACAAGAAUAAUUGAAGCUCACAAGUUGGCAAAACAACAAAAGCAACAACUAAAUGCAACAAAUAGCGCGCAUGCAACAGCUCCAACGCAAACAAAACACCAACAACAACUAGCACAUGAAAAAUGCUCAGCUGUGGCAAAACAACAACAAGAAAAGCAGCGCAAACAACAACAACAACAGAAAAUUGUGUUUGAAAAGCAGGCAACUCAAAAGCAGCGAGCGCCAACGGAGCAGCAGCCAACACAACAACAACAACAAGAAAAUCCAACAACAACAAAAACAAUUGAACUACAGUCAACAACAAAGAAACAACAAUUGUUAAUAGCGCAACCAAAAAAACAAACUUCAGAUGAACAGCGCUCUGACACACAACAUCAACCGACACCAACAGUGGUUACAACACUGCCAAAGCUGCAACAACAAAAAGAAAUUGCAGUUGAAAAGCAGACAGCACGAAAGCAGCGACUCUCCGUAGAUCAACCGACAAACCAAAUACAACAACAACAAGUAGCAAAAUCGCAGAAAACACGACGAAAAUCUCAAAUUAACGAAAAACCAAAAACCACGAAAGAACAGUUAGAGCCACAGCAAUUAGCUGCCGCGCAGCAAAGGUCAAGUCAGACGGGUCAAUCACAGUCUACACAAACUUAUGUACAACAACAGUUGCAAGAUCAGCAGCAGCCACAAGUCGUACCGCAAAUUGAGAAUAAAAUGAAAGCUGGCUUUGGUCCAGAAAAAGAGUUGCAACAAGCUCAGCAACUGGUGCCACAGAUUGUUGCAAAGGCCGCAGAUACGCAAACUCAACCAAAAUUGGCACAACAACUUACACAUUUAGUACAACAACAACAACUAUCGACAAAUAUUAAAAACGAAAAUAAACUUGAUGAAGCAGCAGAAAAGUGUAUUGAGUCAAUCCAACAAAAUCGGGAAGUGCAACAACAAACAACAUUAGAAAGCAGCAAUGCAAGUAAACAAACAGGCAUCCAGUUCAUAUCACAACCGUUGCCAACACAAUCAACCGCACAGCAGCAGCAGCAAUUCAAUCAACCGCAAUUCAUACUACAACGCACAAGCACACAGAUACAAGAGCAGUUAGUGAUUAGGCCAGCCGGCGACGCACACACACAAGACACACCAAUCAAUUUGCCACCGUCGCUGAUGAAAGUCGCCAAUAAACAAACAACAACUACAACAACAACAAAAACGAAAACUGUAAAGACUGCCAAGGCAACAACACGCAAAACCGCAAAGAGCAGCGAUUAUGUGCCACAACUCACGCAUGUGUUUCAGCCGCUCGCUGUUGCUUUGAAUACCAAGAAAGCAGCUACACCACCAUCAUCCACCGACAAUGAAUUGCUGCAGUCCACUGCAACAAGCAGCUUACAAGCGCUGCAAUCAGCAACACCAGCCGCUGAAGAAGCAGUUCAUGCCACUAGCAAUGUAACGGUAUCACCUUCCAAUGCAAAUACUAUGGUUAUAACGCUUCCAGUUAGCCUGAAUGCGGCCAGUACCAGUGCAUCCAAUUCCUCAUAUGUGUAUUCGCUGAGUGGCGAUAGCACGUUCUUCAAUAGUUCGGAAUUGCUGAAGGUGCUUGAAAAUUAUCAACUACAACAAAGUCAACAACAACAACAACUGACGCAGUCAGAGCAAUUGUCACAACAACCACAAACAUCGGCGCUUGAAGGUUAUCAACUUCAACGCAGUCAACAACAACAAACACUAACGCAGUCAGAGCCAGUGUCCCAACAACAAUCAGCGGAAUUAGUUUACAUGCAAAUGGCACAGUUGCACCAACAACAAUGCGAACAAAUGCAGCACGAGCAACAAUUUGAGCUCUACAACCAGUUGCAAGUUGUACAACAAAAACAACAACAACAACAACAUUAUCAAGCAGCCAUAGAAGUGCCACAACCUUUAGCAUUGAUGGAGAGCGGGGCACAGCAACAGCUACAACAACUACAAGCAUAUCAAUUAUUAUUACAACAACAACAACAACCAAUUGUAUUUCAGUUAGUCGAUUUUAAUCAGGCGCCACACGCGGUCGGUGAGCAGUAUAUGCAGUUGUUGUGCGAAGAGCAACCACAAACACAAACACCAAAUGUACAUGAGGCAUCUACAAACCGAAUGCAACAACAAACCACACUCAUUGCUAAAGAGUUCGCACAGCAAACGAACACCAACGAAAUGUUGCAGGUGUCUGUCGCAUGCGUACACGGCCACCGCUCAAACCGUUCUUCUACCAAAGAUUAGAGAAACUUGACUACUUUGGCGAAUUGACAGCGCAGAACAUUGCCGAUUAUCAGCUGCAGUGCACGAGUUUGGGCAAACCCUACUUGCAAGCGAAGAUACGCACCACACGCCUGCGCACUGUGUUGAGUGGCGAUAUAUUGGCGGCGUUGUUGCCACGCUAUGCGCCGGAUUUAGUGAAACAUUUGCAUUUACUGCUGCAAUAUCUCGGUGAAUUUCAUUUUAAUACCUGGGAACAACGUCAGCAACGCAAAUUGGUUUCGAAAUGCGCACAUCGCACGCUGCACACUCUGUGCGCGCAUAUUUUGUUAUUGUUUUUCGAAUACUCAACGCCAUUCCAAGUUAAAUGCAUGGAUUUGGGUGAAGAGAAGCGAGAUUUCGAGCAGCGCAACAAUUUGAGUGUUGCCACAGCAAGUGUCUCGCGUGUAAAGACAGUCGAUAUGUUUGAUGAUCUGAGUUUGGCUAUCGAUCCUAGUAUAUUGACGGAGAUGGCUGCGCUUAAGCGCAAUUUAUGACGGUUUUGGGGCAUAUUAGUGUAUGUGUACUUUUUAAUAAGACUGUUCUAUUGUUCUGUGUUAAGUAAACAUGAAAAAAAGUAAUAACUUGCAACACAUUAUUGGUUAAAGAUUUUGAUAUAUGGUUAACAUGUUUAAUAUGUU